UUCCCCGGGAGACAACCCAGGCUCUUAUUUUCCCUCGAUCCAAGCACGUACGUCUCUCUCGUACUAGCCAAUUGCACAAUUCCAAGCCAUCAGUACUGACGUACUUUCCUGAUCAGAUAGCCCUUGGGGGUGGACCGGAGCAGUACUGCAAAAGUCAUGGCCUCAACUAUGCCGAGGAAGAUAAGGAAGGCCCUUGGAGCAGUGAAAGACCAAACCAGCAUUAGCCUUGCCAAGGUUUCCAACACCAACGCGGUCGACCUCGAGGUCUUGAUCCUCAAGGCCACCACCCACGUUGAAAUCCCCAUCGACGAGCGCUACGUGAUUGACAUCCUCGAACUCAUCGCCUCCAACAAAUUCUACGCAUCAGCUUGUGCCCAAGCCAUUUCGAAACGCAUUGGCAGGACUCGCAAUUGGAUCGUCGCGCUCAAGUCCCUCAUACUCGUCCUUCGGACUUUCCAAGACGGCGAUCCACAUUUCCCAGGGGAAGUUCUCCGGGCAAUGAGACGCGGUGCAAAGAUUUUUAACCUUUCCAGCUUCCGGGACGACUCUAAUUCUAGCCCAUGGGAUUACACUGCCUUUGUUAGAACCUUUGCUCUCUACCUUGACGAGCGCUUAGAUUGCUUUCUCACCGGGAAGCUUCAACGUCGUUUUACGUAUAAUAGGCAGAGAGAUAGCAUCCCCCAUAGAAGACGGCUCAUUUCCUCAUCCAUGCAUGACAUGAAACCGGCCAUACUGCUCGAUAGAAUCUCAUGCUGGCAGCGUCUGCUUGAUAGAGCUAUAGGCACCAGACCUACUGGUGCAGCCAGGAGCAGCCGGUUGGUCCUGAUUGCGCUUUACGCAAUUGUCCAGGAGAGUUUUGAUCUCUACCGUGAUAUUUCUGAUGGGCUUUCGCUCCUUUUAGACAGCUUCUUUCGUUUGCAAUAUCAAUCUAGUGUCAAUGCCUUUCAAACUUGUGUUAAAGCCACGAAACAAUUCGAAGAACUUUCUAGUUUCUAUGAUGUGUGCAAGAACAUUGGGGUAGGGAGAACCUCCGAGUAUCCUAGUGUGAAAAAGAUAUCCGACGAGCUUGUAGUGACAUUACACGAUUUCUUGAAAGAUCAAGCAUCUUUCCCUAAACAUAAUGAUCGAACGCCAUUGCUUCUUCCCGGGCCACCUCUCAAUGAUCCUACUUCGAAUGCUGAGAGCUUGUCAUGCGAUCAAUCAAAAACAUCAGGUCAGAGGGUUUCACGGACAGGUCGUUCGGAACGCAGUUGGAGUUGCACAACAUUGGAGGAUCUUAUGGGUGUUGCAGAACCCGCUGGGACAAACCCGCAGAUCACCGAGUUGAUUGAGCAAGAGUGUUACUCGGAGGAGCAAUCCGAGAAACAGCCUACUCUCCUAGAGGAUUUAAUUGGUUCUGACGUUUCCGGCUCCAACUUUUCGUUGCCCCUUAAACAAGGAACAAAUUCAUGUUUUGAGUCCAUGUGUCUGGACGAUGACUGGCCAAAACAUGAAGAGAAAAAAGAAGAAGAAGAAGAACAAUUAGGACAUGAAACUUCAGAGACAUCCGGUUUAGAAUUAGCUUGCCCGAUAAAUGGUAAUUGGGAGUUCGUUUUGUUCGAGUCAGAUCAAACCCAACAUGAGAUGCAACCUUUUAAAAACCUGGCCAACGAAUUUGAACCCUUGGUUGUGAAGGAGGACUCGUUGUUUCUAGCUUCACUUCCUCAGCACCAAUAUAAUCCAUUUCUAGAAGAAGCUGCGGCAAUUACAAUUUCCGCUGCACCUACUUCCGAUGAACCAGCAUUUUUUGCAGCGAACGAUUCGUUGUAUGCAGCGUGGCCAACUUUUAGCAUGCAAAUUGAUCAGACACUGGCAGCGCCAACAUUCAGUGCACAGAAUUUUGACAAUACGACGACCGUGGCGCCAACAUUUCGGGUACAAAACUCUAAUGAGACAGAGGAAGCACCGACGUUUUAUACGAAGAAUCCAAACGAGACGACAGCAGUAAUCCCAAAUGAAAAGGACCCUUUUGAGACGUGCACAGCUGCUAUGGCCUAUACACAUGUAUCUAAUGGGUCAAUGAAUCAACAAAGUCUGCUGCAUGAUCAGCAACAGCUAUGGUUGGAGAACCAGAACAAGAUCAUUGCAAAGCUGAUGACUUGAUUUGUGAAAUAAAAAUUGCAGAAUGUGAAUUUGUCUUUGAUUGUACAGGUGUAGUUAUCAACCUUCUUUAAUUAGUACCGCUGUCUUCUUUGCAUUUGUGUUUAAUGCAACGUACGUGAGAACUCAAAACAUAUUACCCUCUUUAUGAUAUUCGACCUCGGAUGCUGAUUCAUAUUGGAGUAAAACUUCGCUGACAGAACGAUGAUCUUCAAAUUGUAUCGCUCAUGAGCAUUGCCAAUGGUCUUGAUCAAAUUGUACAUUCUCUGGGUUCUUGAGCUCAUACCCAGUUGUCCCAAGUUGUAAUAUGGACUUCGGCCGAGGAUAUUAAUACAAAAAUGAGUUACAAAAAGUGAGAGCGAACCCCAUGUACAGACAAUCGAAAAUACAUCAAAUUGAAUCUCAUGUACAAACAAUCGAAUUAACUACAUCAAAUUGUCUAAUUUG